AUGAUGAUGAAAAGCACCCCAGGCUCAGAUGUUGGUAGUGUUGAUAGGAUCAGUGCCCUUCCAGACCCUCUUAUUUGCCACAUUUUAUCGUUUCUCCCACUGAAAGAAUCUGCAGCCACCUCAGUUCUAUCCACCAGGUGGAAAUUCCUUUUUGCUUCACUUGCUGAUAUUGAUCUCCAAUUCAAGUCAACUUAUAGGCCUAAUGUCAGAAAAUCUGUCCUUGAGUUUAUUGAUAGUCAAAGGCUCAUUAAGUUCUUAUAUCUUGCCUGGCGAAUACUUCAAUUCCGAGAUGGGGUUCCCAUUACAAAACUUACACUCUCCGUUUUCUGGAUUUAUGAAAUGGUUGAUAAAAAGUUCCGAUCGCUAAUUGACUCGUGGAUAUCUGCUGCACUUUUGUUUAAUGUUCAAGAACUUAAAAUAUUUGUCUCAAUUCGACAUUAUGCAAUAAAUUGUCCCGGAAUUUUCGCGUGCAAAACCUUAGUUUCUCUGCGACUACUGGUGGUUUCUACAGAAGUCCCCAGUUUAGUGGUUUUACCAAAUCUUAAGGUGCUUCACAUGUCGUUAAAGGGACAAGUUGUUGAUUCUGUUCGAAGGCUUAUUCAAGGUUGCCCUCUGCUUGAAGAACUGGAUGUAGCAUUAGACUUACAAUCUGUGAAGGAUGAGGAGACUAAUGAUGCUGAAGCUGAUGUAGUUGAUUUCAGUGGUCCUUCGAUCAAAAGAUUGAGAAUUGAACUGUGGGGAGGUGACUGUACUGUUCUUGUGGAUUCAGGUGUUCUGGAACAUUUGGCAUAUGGUGCUCCUAGACAUGAUGGCGAGCAUCAGGUCAUCUUCAAUGUUCCAAACCUUACACAUUUGUCCUACUCUGCACCUGCAAUUGGAGUUAAUUUCAUUCAAAACCUAAACUCUCUUGUUGAAGCGAGUAUAGGAGCUGGAUUGUGCAAGGAUCAACUAAACAGUCGUGAUGCUAUUGUUCAUCUUAUAAGGGUGAAAACAGUGAAAUCACUUUCCUUAGGACAGGACUUUCUGGAGGCUCUCUAUGAUUCCCAAGAUUUCCUGCCGAUUUUCAAGAAUUUGACGAGCCUGACGCUUGUAGGCAGCUGCUAUCCUGAUGAAACUGACCAUAUCCUUUCUUGGAAAGCGUUAGCUAGCUUAUUUGGGAAGGCCCCUAGCCUUGAGGCUCUCACUUUUUCGAAGGUGUGUUUGGGCAAUGUCAUUGAGAACGAAGAAUUGGAGUGCUUGUUUUCAGAGGCUCUCCCCAUAUGCUUCAUCAAACUUCUGAAGGAAAUUGAAUUUAAGUUUCUUUACAAGGAGGAAGAAGAAUGUCAAUUGAAGCUGAUUGAGUAUCUUUUGAAAAAUGGGAAAGCUCUAAAGAAGAUGACUGUUGGUCAUCUUCUGAUGCCUUCAGUUUGUAGAAGAAUAUUGUUAUUCAAGAGAGGCUCUGAAGAUUGUGAAAUCAUAUUAGACGAAGCGAAGAAGUAUUUUGGCGAUAUCUGUGGUGAUCUCCAAGAAACCUCAAGGAAGGGAUAG